CCAUGGGAAAUUCCUUUCAGAGAUAUAAGACAGGCAACAUACAGCUAUGCUGCCCAGGGAAUCGAACCUAUGCAAUGGAGUUCAUCAGGAAGCGCAACGGGUUACGCAGGUCGCAAAGUCACGGCGGAUUUUCCCGAUGCGCUCGAUCAUCUGGAGCGCGGACCGUUCGGCAAGGUGGUUGUCGAGAUCGGCUGA